AAAGAACCAAAUGUGCUAGCUGGGUAUGCACACACUGUUUGCAUUAUGUAACGCCAGCAUGCUGCUGUCCGGUCGAAAUGUCGUGCAAACGUCCCGGAGGAAUAGUCCCCAGCAUUCUAUUCUACAAACGAUAGCGAGGUAGGAAGGAAAGGAUUCAGGCAGGAUGUCUACAGCCACAGUCAUACAAACCAAGAGAUAAUUGCAGCUGUUGAACGCCGUAACGAUUGGCAACAUCCCGACAUUUGUAAUAGGACCACCACACUGGUCGACCUUGUGCACGGGAGAGAAGGGACUGUUCGGAAUCGGAGGGGUGUAGCUUCCACUUUGACUGAAGGCUAUUCUCCUUGAACCUCUCUUGAUCAACCAGAAGCCACGACCAGCAGCCUGGACGGAUACGUGCCAGAGAAAGCAUACGAUAGCCAUAGCGAGGAAAAUCUAUUUUUUUGCUUCAACAACACAACAUGCUUACCGACAUGAGCGGCUUCUCGUGUUCCCAAUGAAAAAAAAUGGAACGAGAGGCGACAGCACAUCAGCGUUGCGUUGAUUUAAGCCGUUCUGCACAUUCAAGAGCUCAGGUCGUUUUGAGGCCUGUCCCUGACUCAGAAGCCCUGGAGAUAGGCCGGAUCACAGAGUGAUUCCCUAAACCCUGCCUUUCACCUGCUCGAUCCGAAACGCUGGUUUGACACGCCUCUGGACCUUCCCCGGUCACAUUCACCCACCUACCCACACCCCUGCAGAACUGCGUCUGAAAACCCUCACUUCUUCAAACCUCUGCCUGCUGGGAUAAAUGAGUGGAAGGGCUGGAGAGGAUAGGGCUGGGAUAUGUACCAGAACCCACACAGAAUGUCCUGGUUUAGUGGCUUCCUAGUGGCCAGAGUGGAUGACCGAAAGACCUCGUGGGGGGAGCGCAAUGGCAAGAAGUCCAAGCAGAAGGGAGGCUCAUCCCUUUGCAACCCGCGUUACAUGAGCUGCCUGCGGGAUCCGGACGCCAUGGAGCCCCCCUCUGGAGCCCCCCUCCACCCCCACCACCGCGGAGGGCCGGCUGGGGCGGCAGGCGGGGGGGGCAACUUUGGCGUGCGCUGCAUCUGGCAAGAGGACCACUACGGCAAACGGAGCGGCGCCGCCGGGGAAGGGGUGGGGCUCAAAUCUGUCGACCUGGGUUUUGAAGAUGGGGACCUGAAAGGGAGGAAGGUGGGGUGUAGUGGGGGUGGCGGGAAGGGGGGGGAUGAGGGUCCCAAUGGGGAAGGUGAGGUGACGGUGGCGGACUGCUGGCUGCGGGUGAUGCAAGUGUUCCAGUCCAAAAAGUUCCAGUCUCAUAAACUGGAGCGUCUGUACCAGCGCUACUUCUUCAGGCUCAACCAGAGCUCCCUCACCAUGCUGAUGGGGGUGCUGGUGAUUGUGUGCGGCGUGAUGCUUACCUUCCAUUGUGUCCACGCAACCCCGGACGUGGCCUACUCCUCGGCCCUCUCUGUAGCCAUGGCCUUGUUCAUGGCUCUCAUGGUUGUGUGUAACCGGAACGGCUUCCACCAGGACUACAUGUGGAUGGUGAGCUACCUGGUCAUCGGGGUGCUGUUGCUGGUGCAGGUGUUCGGGGUGCUGAUGGUGGCGCCUCGCAGCGCAUCUGAGGGCAUCUGGUGGUCUGUCUUCUUCAUCUACAUUAUCUACACGCUUCUGCCUGUCAGGAUGAGAGCAGCCGUGCUGAGCGGAGGUGUGCUCUCCACCAUUCACCUGGUCACCACCUGGCAGUUCAACCAGGAAGACGUGUUCCUCUGGAAACAGCUGAGCGCCAACGUGCUGAUAUUCCUGUGCACUAACAUCAUUGGGAUCUGUACCCACUACCCUGCUGAGGUGUCUCAGAGACAGGCCUUCCAGGAGACCAGAGGAUACAUUCAGGCCAGACUGCACCUGCAGAGAGAGAACCAGCAGCAGGAACGCCUCUUGCUGUCUGUGUUGCCAAGGCAUGUUGCCAUGGAGAUGAAGGCUGACAUCAACGCUAAGAAAGAAGACAUGAUGUUCCAUAAGAUCUACAUCCAGAAACAUGACAACGUCAGUAUUCUGUUUGCGGACAUUGAGGGUUUCACCAGCUUGGCGUCUCAGUGUACGGCUCAGGAGUUGGUCAUGACGCUCAACGAGCUCUUCGCCCGCUUCGACAAACUAGCAUCUGAGAACCACUGUCUGCGUAUCAAGAUCCUGGGGGACUGUUACUACUGUGUGUCUGGGCUGCCUGAGCCCCGCGCUGACCACGCCCACUGCUGUGUGGAGAUGGGCGUCGACAUGAUAGAGGCCAUCUCGCUGGUGCGUGAAGUGACGGGGGUCAACGUCAACAUGCGUGUGGGUAUCCAUAGCGGCCGUGUGCACUGUGGGGUGCUGGGACUCAGGAAGUGGCAGUUUGACGUGUGGUCCAACGAUGUCACACUAGCCAACCACAUGGAGGCUGGGGGCAAGGCAGGGAGGAUCCACAUCACCAAAGCCACCCUGCAGUAUCUAAAUAGGGAUUAUGAGGUGGAGCCGGGUUUGGGAGGGGAGAGGAACGCCUACCUGAAGGAGAACAGCAUCGAGACCUUCCUGGUGCUGGGCUGCAGCCAGAAACGGAAAGACGAGAAGGCCAUGAUGGCCAAGAUGCAGAGGACGCGGUCCAACUCCAACGAGGGCCUGAUGCCUCGCUGGGUGCCUGACACAAGGUUCUCCAGGACCAAGGACUCCAAAGUCUUCAGACAGAUGGGGAUUGAUGAGUCGUCCAGCAAAGACAACCGUGGUGCCCAGGAGGCAAUGAACCCUGAAGAUGAGGUGGAUGAGUUUCUGGGGCGAGCCAUUGAUGCUCGCAGCAUCGACCAGCUGAGGAAAGACCACGUCAAGAAGUUCCUGCUCACCUUCCAGACCUCUAGCCUGGAGAAAAAGUAUUCGAAGAAGGUAGACGAUCGCUUUGGGGGUUACGUGGCUUGUACCCUCCUGGUCUUCUGCUUCAUCUCCUUCAUCCAGAUUGUCAUAUUUCCACACACCCCAGUCAUGCUGGGGAUCUACAUCAGUAUCUUCAUCAUCCUCGCCAACAUCCUCUUCAUCUGUGCCAUAUAUUCCUGCAUUAAGCUGUUUCCAGCUGCGAUGCAGAUAGUGUCAAAGAAGAUAGUCCAGUCUCGUACCAACAGCACUCUGGUGGGGGUGUUUACCAUCAUCCUCGUCUUCAUCUCUGCCUUUGUCAACAUGUUUGCUUGUGACACGGAGAGUUUGGUGGACUGCAUUGCCCGGGAGCUGAACAUCUCUGUUUCCAUGGUGACCCCCUGUCUCAUCCGCAACCUGUCUGUGUCGGUAGAUGGGGGUCUAGAGAUUUGUCCCAGCCAGGGCCCCUCAUGUCCCUUCCCAGAGUAUUUCAGCUACAGUGUGCUGCUGACCCUGUUGGCCUGUUCAGUGUUCCUCCAGAUCAGCAGUAUAGGGAAGCUGGCCCUCAUGUUGCUCAUCCAGCUCACCUUCCUGCUGCUGGUGGAGUGGCCACAGGUGGCGCUGUUCGAAAAUGCUGACCUCUUUGUCACCUCCAAAGCCCUUGAUUUCAAUGAAACUAUUCAAUGGUCCAGUUUCAAUGAAACUACAGACGAGUGCCCGUUCAGUGUGACCAAAGUAUCUCUGAGAGUCAUGACUCCUGUGAUUCUCACUGUGUUUGUGCUGGCGCUCUACCUCCAUGCCCAGCAGGUGGAGUCCACUUCACGCCUCGACUUCCUCUGGAAACUACAGGCCACAGAGGAGAAGGAGGAGAUGGAGGAGCUUCAGGCCUACAACCGCCGUCUCCUCCACAACAUCCUGCCCAAGGACGUGGCGGCUCACUUCCUGGCUCGUGAGCGCCGUAACGACGAGCUCUACUACCAGUCCUGUGAGUGUGUGGCCGUCAUGUUCGCCUCCAUUUCCAACUUCUCUGAGUUCUACGUGGAGCUGGAGGCCAACAAUGAGGGAGUGGAGUGUCUUAGGCUGCUCAACGAGAUCAUCGCCGACUUUGACGAGAUCAUCAGUGAGGAGAAGUUUCGUCAGCUGGAGAAGAUCAAGACUAUUGGCAGCACCUACAUGGCCGCCUCGGGUCUCAAUGAUUCCACCUACGACCGUGAGGGCCGCUCCCACAUCACGGCUCUGGCCGACUACGCCAUGAGACUGAGGGAACAGAUGAAGUACAUCAACGAGCAUUCCUUCAACAACUUCCAGAUGAAGAUAGGUCUGAAUAUUGGGCCAGUGGUGGCAGGGGUGAUUGGAGCACGGAAGCCCCAGUACGAUAUAUGGGGGAACACGGUCAACGUAGCCAGUCGCAUGGACAGCACAGGAGUCCCAGACCGCAUUCAGGUUACCACGGACCUCCACCAGGUGCUUUCAGAUAUAGGAUAUGUUCUGGAGUGCCGUGGGGUCGUUAAAGUCAAGGGCAAAGGGGAAAUGACGACCUACUUCCUGAAUGAUGGACCGCCCAAUAGUUAGCAGCCGUGGCAGCACUAGCCGGGACCAUUCCCGCGGCAGGACUACUGAGGGAGGACUCGCACCGCGAGCUAGCGGCUAACAACUAGCGACGCCAUCACUUGAAACCCGAGCCAAGAGAAAAGACUUUGAGACUCCAGGACUUGAGAAGGAAAAUGUUCUUGUUGAGAAGGAAAGUGUUCUUGUUGAGAAGGAAAGUGUACUUAUGUGGCAGCCAUGUUUUGGCGCCCGCACACAUGGAAGGACAAGUAUUUUUCUCAUGUCUAGCCUUUCUCUCAGGCUACUUUAAAGAUGCAAAGUCUGUUUAUUUAAAACAACGCCUUUAGCCUGUGUCAAAAAAAGAAAAAGGCUGUACAUAAGGCUACUUUUUAUUUGACAUCAUUUUCUGUGAUUUUUUUUUUUUCCCAUCAUUUUUUCCCCAGCAGAAUUAUGAAACAGGUACUCAUGUUUUAUUUCUGGGUUACUUAUUUUAAUCUUGAUGUUUUGUGCAAAAAUUCCUUUAUGAAAAAGUCUGAAUACAUACGUGCACAGAUAUCCAGUUUAUUACACGUUUAUAAGUGUGUAUGUACAUGCAUAUUUGUGUGUAUGAAUAUAUGCAUAAAUUGAAGGAAAAUAUUGACCAAAGACCAAAGUAUUUACGAAAAACAAGGCAAGACAUGUCUCUUAUGUUCUCGCAAAAGUCUGCAAUGAUCACCAACUCAAUCUGUUGCACGGCAGUACCCUCAGUCUUUUUAGUACAGUGCUGGCAAAUGCUAUUAAUCAAUAUGGGCAAAAUAUGUAACAACUUUAAUUUUGUUUAUCAAUCAGCCAGCAAAGAGGUCCAGUACAGCUUAUCAUUGAUGACAUCUAUAUGAUUACUCUGCCUCCAUCUCUAAAAUGUGUUAUUUAAGAUUAAAUAGAGGCUUGGUAGCCUUUUUUAAGUCCGGGGGAGAGGGUUCAACCUGUCGGUUCAACAAAAUGAGAGGAAAUAGGAUGGUCCCCCCUCCUCAUUAACCCUUGUCAAAAAUUCCCCCUACCAUGGCUCAGUCCAGCUAUAACAGUUCGAGCACCCAAGGCACAGUUGUAUACAGCAAAGGCAUACUGUCAACUGCUCCAUCCCUUUCAAAUGUGUCCCUUCCCAUUUGUUUUGCAAAUGGAAAUUAAAGGCCUCAAAACGAAAAAAGAUGUUCCAGAACCAGAGGGGAAAGCCUGUGCAUUAAAUACAGUGGUACCGGACAGCCGCCUAAGAUGUUCCAGAACCAGAGGGGAAAGCCUGGGCAUUAAAUACAGUGGUACCGGACAGCCGCCUAAGAUGUUCCAGAACCAGAGGGGAAAGCCUGGGCAUUAAAUACAGUGGUACCGGACAGCCGCCUAAGAUGUUCCAGAACCAGAGGGGAAAGCCUGUGCAUUAAAUACAGUGGUACCGGACAGCCGCCUAAGAUGUUCCAGAACCAGAGGGGAAAGCCUGUGCAUUAAAUACAGUGGUACCGGACAGCCGCCUAAGAUGUUCCAGAACCAGAGGGGAAAGCCUGUGCAUUAAAUACAGUGGUACCGGACAGCCGCCUAAGAUGUUCCAGAACCAGAGGGGAAAGCCUGGGCAUUAAAUACAGUGGUACCGGACAGCCGCCUAAGAUGUUCCAGAACCAGAGGGGAAAGCCUGGGCAUUAAAUACAGUGGUACCGGACAGCCGCCUCAGAUGUUCCAGAACCAGAGGGGAAAGCCUGUGCAUUAAAUACAGUGGUACCGGACAGCCGCCUAAGAUGUUCCAGAACCAGAGGGGAAAGCCUGGGCAUUAAAUACAGUGGUACCGGACAGCCGCCUAAGAUGUUCCAGAACCAGAGGGGAAAGCCUGGGCAUUAAAUACAGUGGUACCGGACAGCCGCCUAAGAUGUUCCAGAACCAGAGGGGAAAGCCUGUGCAUUAAAUACAGUGGUACCGGACAGCCGCCUAAGAUGUUCCAGAACCAGAGGGGAAAGCCUGUGCAUUAAAUACAGUGGUACCGGACAGCCGCCUAAGAUGUUCCAGAACCAGAGGGGAAAGCCUGUGCAUUAAAUACAGUGGUACCGGACAGCCGCCUAAGAUGUUCCAGAACCAGAGGGGAAAGCCUGGGCAUUAAAUACAGUGGUACCGGACAGCCGCCUAAGAUGUUCCAGAACCAGAGGGGAAAGCCUGGGCAUUAAAUACAGUGGUACCGGACAGCCGCCUCAGAUGUUCCAGAACCAGAGGGGAAAGCCUGGGCAUUAAAUACAGUGGUACCGGACAGCCGCCUAAGAUGUUCCAGAACCAGAGGGGAAAGCCUGGGCAUUAAAUACAGUGGUACCGGACAGCCGCCUAAGUUUGAAUCGCUAACGAGUAUUUUCUAAAGAAAGAAGGAAGUAAAUAUAUAUAUAUAUAAAUAUAUAUAUAUUAGGCUGAAUACUGUGCUUUGUAAUCUUGAAGGGGCAUAACUAUUUUCACUGUGAGGUUUUUAUGAUACGACAAACUGCUUUUUUGCCUAACUUAACUGCUUUAAAGCAUGUCUGAUUGUGGUAUCCUGUUUUCAAUGCUGUUUGUUUUAACGUUGAGUAUUUUUUAUCACCUCUGUAUUCAUAAUUUGUAUUAUCCUUCUGGUUGUUGUUAUUAUGAUGAAUUAUUACGCUUAUUAUGAUGAUUCCAUUCCAAUGAUAAGGAUCAAAGGGCAGAACGCUUUCUUGUAAAAUGCCAGACGUAAGCUCAAGCUCAAUGGUACCAACUGAUCAACUGCAGCCAACUACAGUAUUUCAAACACUGGCCCUAGAUUUGAUCACACAUACUCAUUAGAUGUCGCUUUUCCACAGAUAUACAGAUUGUACACUGUACCUUUUUAUUGAGCAAACACUACUGCAGGACUAAGCUCAGUCAGGUUAUGCACUGAUCCCAUCCCUAUCAGACUUCAGGGCCCUCAGAGAGACAGGACACAAUCAGCAGUGUGAGCAGUAUUAGAACUCUGCCUUAAUUGAACAAGCCACUGGAGAAUACAGUGGGAAGAGGAACUGAGUUUCACAGAGGCAGAGAAAUCGAGGGAAGGAUAGACAGCCUGUGAAAGCUAAUGGAAAUCAUUUACUGACCUUAGCAUUGACUCAACACUGACUUUAUUUAGAUAAUUUUGACUUCCCCAUAACAUUUUCAAAACACACUUGACUAUGGACACUAAAGGUUGAUAAUGUUCGUACUAAAGCAAGCUAAUGCAGCCUCAUGUUAUUGGCCCCUUCCCGUGUAGUGAUGUUUGGCCUUGAGCGUGUGGGACCGCCGGGGAACAGUAAAGGUCUUGGGGUCAAUAAAUGACUGAGGUUGUGCCUAAUUGAGAGUGAUUAACAUAGAAAUAGAAUACAUAGAAUGGACGUGGUUAGUAAGAUGAUGCACGUUCUAUUCUAUUUCUAUUGGCUGUCUUGUCUUUGGGUUGGGUGGUUGUUAAUUGUUGACUGUUGGGAUGUUUUUAGGGCACAGAUGAGGGGAGGAGGGUUGUCCCAGAACUACUGAGAGUGUGUUUUGCUCAAGCCUGAUGAAUCCGGACCCCUUCUUUUUGUUUUCUACCCCUGUGUUGAAGGAGUUCAGAAGGCACUGUUUUUACUGAGGUGAAGGACAAGAAGAGUUUAGGACUAUGACAGACAAAAUAACAUUUCCCCUUGAAGGAAAAAAAAUUGAAUAAAAACAAUGGCUGUUUUA